GCUGAUCGGCGGGGGCUGCUGAGGCGUUCUUCCUCUGAGUUACGCCUCCUGACUCCGUGCGGGUUUUCAGAGGAUUCCUACUGGAAGUAUACAGAAAUGAAAAGAAAAGUAGUAAAUCCUGGCAAGCUGAGAUUGAGUCCUAAUGAGGAAGCCUUCAUUUUGAAGGAAGAUUAUGAAAGAAGACGAAAACUAAGAUUGCUACAGGUUCGAGAACAAGAAAGAGAUAUCGCCUUACAGAUAAGAGAAGACAUAAAACAGAGGAGAAAUCAGCAAUUUACUCGUUUGGCAGAGGAGCUAAGGGCAGAAUGGGAGGAAUCACAAACUCAGAAAAUACAGAACUUGGAAAAACUAUAUUUGGCAAGUUUAAGAAAUAUGGGAGAGGGACAUCGACAGGCCAAAGAAAAUGAGCCUGAUUUGGUUGCUCUGGCACAGAGGGCAGCAGAAAGGAAAAGAAAAGCAGAAGUGAGGCACAAAGAGGCCCUGAAAGUACAGAAAAAUCAAAAAGAAGUAUUAAUGGGACAAAAAACCCGGCAUAUACAAGUUCGAAAGGAAGCACUGCUCGUGGAAAAACAAAGAUCUGCCAAAAUUACAAGUCUGCCACCUCCUCCUCCAUCUCUUUUUGAGAACCUUGAAGCAAAGAGAAUUUCUGCAGUUAAAACCAAUAGUUCUACCUAUCAUCAUCUUUGCACUUUUGUGAAUAGAGAGAUGGAUACAAAGCAGCCAGGUGCUCAUUUGGCAGCUGAAGAAGAAGCUAAACGAUUGGAAGAGCUACAAAAACAGGCAGCACAAGAGAAAAUGGAACAGAUUGAAAAGGCUCAUGUACGGGGUUUCCAAGCAAUGAAAAAGAUCCAUUUGGCUCAAAAUCAAGAAAAGCUAAUGAAAGAACUCAAACAGCUACAACAAGAGGACCUGGCACGUAGGAGACAGACUGUAGCACAAAUGCCACCACAACUAGUUGAACUUCCAUACAAACGCAGUGAAAUGAAAGAAGACUGGCAGAGAGAGCUGGAAUUUGCCUUUGAAGAUAUGUACAAUGCAGACAGGAAGGUGAAAGGAAACCUGAUUUUGCAUCUUGAACCAGAGCCCUUGCCUAUAGUGACUGAUCAGAUCCAAGAUGAAGAACUGGACCUUUCAAUGGAACAAGAACCUCCAGGUGAAACUGAAAACUUUCAAGUAACAGAAGUAGAAAAAAUACAUUCUAAUAAAACAGAAGUUCCCUUGGCAAUGGAAAUCCAACAGGCCCCUUCAAAAAUUCUUUUUAAAAAAUUAUUAAAUAAAAUCCGAAGCCAAAAAUCUCUCUGGACAGUUAAAUCCAUGUCUGAGGAUGAAAGUGAAAUGAUUACGACUGUUAAUGAAAUUGAGACUAAAGCAUCAACAGUUGAAACGGGAACAAUUGCCAGUGAAGAGAGAUUAUCCUCUGAGCAGGAACAAGUUGUUGAAAGUGAUAUACUAACAAUUGAGUCUGGACCAAUUACUAAUGAAGAUAAACCACUUCCUUGCAGUACAGAUUCUGGAAAGGAACAAGAAAUAAAUGAGCCUCUACCUAUCACAGCCGUAGCUCAGAAUUCAGUUCUACUUCAUCCUCAAGAAGCAGCAGCCAGAAUUAGAAUGUCAACAAGGCAGAAACAGAUAAUGGAAAUAGAAGAACAGAAGCAAAAGCAGUUGGAAUUACUUGAACAAAUUGAACAGCAGAAGUUAAGAUUAGAAACUGAUUGCUUCAGGGCUCAGCUGGAAGAAGAAAAAAGGAAAAAAACUCAACAGACUGGGGUUGGCACUGCUCCAGCAUCAUGCUCUGUAAUUUCUGAUGAGGAUAGUCAAAGGCAGAUGAUUCGUAACUAUCAACAUCAGCUUUUACAACGAAACAGGUUACACAGGCAGUCUGUUGAAACAGCCAGGAAGCAAUUACUCGAAUAUCAAGCUGUGUUAAAAGAAAGGUACCCAUCCAUGUCAGCUCCAUCAUUGAUAUCUGAUUCUGUGAUAUCAGCACCACCAUGGAAAUCUGAAAGAUCCACUGCUCUAUCAGAGCAUUGGGAUCAAAGUCAGAAACCCAAAUUGAGUCCUAACAAAUAUCAGCCCAUACCAGUCUCCAAAUUAGAACAAGAUCAUUUUCAGGUACCAAGACAAAAGCACUUUCCACAAAGACAGGUAGAAACAACAGAAACAUUAAGCACUUCUGAUGUUUUAGCUACGCAGUCUUUGGAAUCACAAAAACAUCUAAGGCAAUUCUCACAGACCAAAACACUACAGAGAGACUAUAAAUUGGUAUCUAAAGAUUCUCGUAUACUUUCAAGGGCUUUGUCACAUGAUAGGCCACUAAUAUUACAGGAUGCUAAAAAAAUAACUGAAACAUCUAGGGCAACAGCUUUUCAAACUUUAGAUUCCCAGCAAAUAGGCUUAGAGGACAGUGAAAGUAUACCUAAGAUAACUGAACCUUCCUCAUUCCUACCACUGUUACCUCAGCAUUCUUUUAGUUCUCUUCCUGUUAAAGGUGAAUAUGGAAAAAUCCAGGAAUCCUUUUCAACCGCAAGCAAAAGUGCGGUUUCUGUAAGCCAUUCUGUAAUUAGUCAAACACGUGAUAGGCCCUUGCCAUUCUCAGAGAAUAUCAUAGCCCAGCAAGGUAAUUUGAAGGCUCUCCAAGAACAGUUAGACCUGCAGAAGGAAGUUCUUCAGGCAAGACAGGAAGCUCAGGAACAAUUGAUUUUGUGUAAACAGAAGGAAUUGGAACAGCAAGCAAGCCUCCCUAUAUUCCUUCCAUUAGUGCCUUCAGAUUCAUUUGCUUCACAGCCUUCUGCCAAAGCUGAAUUGGGGAGAAUCCAGGAAUCUUCUCCAACCAAGAAUGAUACUGCAGUCUCCUCAGGCCAUCCUGUGGUCUCACAACCUCAGGAUAGGAUUUUGAGUUCUUCACAGCCUAUCUUAUUGCAGCAAAAUAAUUUUAAAUUUCUCCAAGAACAGUUGAAUAUUCAGAGGGAUAUUCUUCAGGCUAGACGGGAAGCCCAGGAAGUAUUAUGUGUACAUAAACAGAGUGAAUUGGAUGGAAGAGUAUGUUCUGAACAGGCUGAGCCCUCUUCUCUCCCAUUUCAAGUAGUUCAGCAUCCAUUUACUUCACUACUUUCUGCUGAUAUAAAAUCUGGAAAAAUCCAGGAGCCAUAUUUAUCUAAGAGUGAGAGAGGGUUUCUCUCAAGCCAGUCUGAAAUACCUAAAUCUCAGCAUGGGUCUUCGAGUUUCCUACAGCAGUUUCUACCUCUACAUGAUAGUUUGAAGUUGCUCCAAGAACAGCUGACUGUACAGAAGGACACUCUUCAGGCGAGGCAUGAAGCUCAGGAGGAGUUACUUUUACAUAGACAAAGGGAAUUGGAGGACAAGAAAUCUGGGCAGAUGAGUUCUUCCUUCUUACCAACGGUUCAACAUUCAGUUGCUUCACAAGCAUCUGCUAAAGCUGAGCCUAGGAGAAUUCAGAAAUGUUAUUUAUCUGAGAAGGAGAGUAUAAUUCCUUCUAGUUAUUUGAUAACCCCAACAUUUCGGGAUAAGUCUCUUAAUUUUCCACAGCACAGCCUGCCACAGCCAGAAAAGUUGACGAUACUCCAAGAAAAGUCACACAUACAGAAGGUACUACUUGGUGCUAAAGAAGAAACUCAAGAAUUUGUACACAAACAAACUGCACUGGAAAAAAUAAUUUCUUCUGAACAGACUGGCACCUCUUCAUCCCUAUCCCAGCUAGCUGAAUCUGAGAAAUUCCAGAAAUGUAUGUCAGUCAAGAGUGACAGUACAGUUCCUUUUAGUCAUUCCAAGAUCCCAAGAUUUCAGGAAAGACUUUUGAGGUUUUCACAGCAUAUACUACCUCUACAAAAUAAUUUGGAAGAACACCAAGAAUGGCUAGACACAGAGAAAGAGGCCUUUCAUUUUAGCCAGAAAACCCAAGAAAAUACACCUUCUGAACAAACUGGCUCAUCGGCAGUAAUACCACAGUUACAGCUUUCAUUUACUUCCUUACCUUCUGCUGAGACUGGUACAACCCAGGAACUGCUUCCGACAGUAUGUGAUAGUAAAAUUUCUUCAAGCCAUUAUCAAAUCGCACAAUUGCAGGAUAGGCUUUUGAGGAUAUCACAACUUAUCCAGCCUCAGCAAGAUAAUUUGAAGGCACUUCAAGAACAGUUAGCUACGCAGAGGGAGGCCAUCAUUCAAUCUAGACAGGAAGCUGAGGAAGAAUUACUUUUACAUAAACAGAGUGAGUGGAAGGGAAGAAUAUCUCCUGAGCAGGUUAGCAUUUCUUCCUUACCACUAGUAGUGCAGCAUUCAUUUGCUUCAUUGCCUCUCACUAAAUCUGAAAGAAUCCAGGGACCUUGUCCAAGUAGCAGUGACAAUACAGUCUCCUCAAGUUAUUCUGAGAUACCAAGAUUGCCUGAUAGGCUGUUGAGUUUAUCACAUCCUAUUUUACCUGAACGGGAUAAUUUGAUUGCACUUCAAGAACACUUGCAUGCACAGACAAAUUCCCUUCCUUCUACUGAGAAAACUGAGAAAGAAUUGGUUUUGCCUACACAAUAUAAAUUUGAGGAAAAGGGAUCUUCUGAGCAUUUUGUCCAACCUCAUCAUGGUGAUUUGAAGGCACUUCAACAACAAUUAGAUAUGCAGAGGAAAGCCAUUCGAUCUAGACAAGAAGUCCAAGAAGAAUUACUUUUGCAAAGAUUAAGUAAAUUGGAGAAAAGGGUAUCAUCUGAGCAGAUUACCUCCUCUUCAUUCUUAUCCCAGGUAGUACUGCCUGUGGCCGACUAUGAAAGAACCCAGAAGUCUUUUCCAACCAAAAGUAAUGAUACUGUUCCCUCAAGUCAUCCUGAGAUCCCAAGAUCUCAGGAUAGACUUUUGCGUUUAUCACAGCCUAUUCUGCCUCAGCAAGAUAAUUUGACAGCACAAUUGGGUUUACAAAGAGAAGUGGUAUAUUCUAAUGAAAAACCCCAGGAAGAGCUGCUUGUAAACAAACAAAGUGAGUUGAACAAAAAUGAAUCUGCUGAUCAUGGUAUCCCUUCUUUGUUUCUACCCAAGGAAACAGAGCAUUCAUUUAUUCCACUACCUUUUGCUGAAGCUAAAUCUAAAAGCGUUUGUGAACUGUAUUCAUCCCAGAAUGAACGUGCAGCUCCCUCAAGUGAUUCUAUGAUCCCAAGAUUUCAAGAUAGACUUUUAAGUUUUUCACAGCUUUUCUUAGUUCAGCAAGAUAACUUGGGACUUCAGAAGCAGUUGGAUCUACAAAGAAAGUUUCUGCACUGUAGCCAAAAAGCCCAGGAAGAAGUGCUUGUACAGAGACAAACAGCAUUGCAGCAGCAGAUAGAGAAACAUCAAGAGAUUUUGAAGGAUUUCUUUAAAGAUGGUCAGACAAGUAAGCCCACAGUUGAAAAUGAUUUAAAAACCGAGAAGAUGGAGCAGCUUGGAGAGUGGCUUCCUCAUAUCCAAGACCUAGCAAGAGGUGAUCAGGAAAACAUUAGUCAUGCAGAUAGGAGUGACUCUGAUGAUAAUCAGCUGGUUUCAGAAGAUGUUAGUGCCAAGCAAAGUGGUGACCAUCUGGAUAAAGAACUGGGUAGAAGAUCCUCAAAGCCACCUGUAGCAAAAGUGAAAUGUGGAUUAGACUUAAACCAACAUGAACUUAGUGCUAUACAAGAAGUGGAAUCACCAACAAGUGGCAGAACUUCUAUACUAGGUAAACCAGGUUUUUAUCAAGACAGAGACCCCAUGAGGGUCUCAAUAAGUCGAGAACACAGUUUCUUUGAGAGCCCACUGGCCUAUGAUCCAUUUGGUUGUCUUCAACCAAUUGACCAGGAGAAUGUCUGCGAUAAUGACUAUGAUGAAGCAGUCAAGGUCAAGGAGUCUGUUGAGAAUCAAAGUUAUGCUGUGGAGGAAGAAGAGCAUAUAUAUCUUGGUUCAACUGUAAAGCCAGAUAAUAAGGCUGAAACACAAGAGAUUUCUCAUGAGCCAUUAUCUUCAGAAACUGUUUCCACGGGGAGCUUUUUAAGUUACCAGAACAUAGAUUUGAGCCUUACAGAUCCAGAGUCUUUUCCAGAGCACGUGGAUGACAGGGAACAAGAAUCAAGCACCUGUAAAGAAAAGGAAACAGUUGGGCUCGACUUUCCAGAAUUGGAGCACAUUUUUCCAAAUUUGCAUCGUCAGCUGUUUAAACCCUUAGAACCACAUCCAGAUUUUGAUUUAUCAUCAUCCUCUGGGAUUUCCCAAGACAACAGAGAUCCUUACCAGAACUCAGAUUCUUCAUCUGAAAGCUACUGUGCUACUGUAUCAUCCAAAAGUACAGUUUCUUUUACAGUGCUUAGGAGGACCAGCCUGCAUUCUCCUCUUAACACAAGCCUGAAUCAGCAACCUGACCCUACCUUGACUCAUGGUGCAGCUCAGAGCUUUGCUACAGAAAAUAUUAUUGAGGGAUGUGAGCAGUCUUUUCAGCAGCUUCUGCCAGAAUUUUCUUCCCAGGAGGGGAGCCAGCAUGCCGAUCUACCAAGUAUUUUUAGCAUUGAAAGAAGAGAUUCUUACCAAGGCAUGGAAAAUCAGAACUGCUCCUCUGAAGAACAGACUGAAAUAUUACAAAAUAAGAAAAAAAGUGUCCAUUUCCAGCUCUCUGUAGGAAAUUUAAGUUCAGUGUGCAGUUCAUCUGAUGAGACCAAUGCAUCUGAUCAGUUACAUGGACAGCAUAGCACUCCAUGUGGUUCUACCUCUAGUGAGUCUUCAAUAAAACACGAACUGGAAAGCAGAAAAGAAAGGCUGAACUUUGAAGAACUAUCAAAGACAGGGGUUGUAACACUGUUACAAUGUGAAGGACUCAACAAAGAUGAAAAAAAUGAAAGUUGUAGGGUUUUAGAUAUAAAUCCACAUGUAGAGGAAACUGACUCUCAAUUAUGUGUAAGAACAGUGGAGAUGGGAACUUCAGUUCAGACACCAUGUUCAUUAACUACUCAAAAUGAAAAAUAUUUUGAGAAUUCAACUAAAACUGAAACUCCAAAGAUCCUAAGAAACCUAUCUCAGUUACCACAAUCAGAGCUCUUUGUAAGUUCUGGAUCCUUUCCAUUACAGACCUCUAUUCCAAUCUGGGAAACAGAAACUGGCCAUGGUAUAAUGGAAGAACCAGAACUUACUUUAGUAAGCACCAGUGAUAUCAGUAUUGCUGAAACAGAUUUUGCAAACUUAACCCUAGAAGAAAAGAAAGAGAAUGAGGCAAAAAGCUGUUUUCAGGUGAGUGAAUUUCUGCCUCUUGUAUCAGAAACAGAAACCUCAGACUACCCAGCUGUAUCUGACUUUUCAAAGGAGAAGACUACAACAGUGUCUACAGAAACCCUUCCGAAGUUCACAGCAACACCAGGGAGUUUACAAGAGGCAUUUGUAAAGAGAAAAAAAACAUUUAUGGAGAGAUCCUACCAGAGGCAGAAAGAAAUAAGGAAUAAAAUACAUGUCCCUGAAAAUUCCCAAAUCAAAACAGCUAAGGAGAAAACAUCUACAGGUUCACCUGUGAGUCACCUAAAGGGUGUGAAUAAAGUUAGGUUGUCUUUUCCUGAAGACAGAAAGACUACACAAGCCCUCAUGCACCAAAGGGCUCUAAGAUUACACAAUCAGUCAGCUGAAGUGAAACAACAAAAGGAAGAGAAAGCAAAGCAAGAAGCUUAUGCCCAAAACAGAAUAAAGGCAAAAGAAUUUCAUAAGAAAACACUAGAGAAACUUCGAGCCAAAAACACAUGCUGACUUUCUACAACAGCGUAAAGGGUUUAAUUAUUUGUGACAUUAGGCAAAAUUAUUUAAAGUCAAUAAAUUUUUAUUCAAGGAA